AUGUCGACAGCCAGACCCCGCCCGCGCCGUCUUAUCAACGGCGUGCUCGAAGACGUCGACGCCGCAGAACUCAAGCUCGGCCCGGAGUUUGAGCUCAAGCAGAUCUCAAACGACGGGAUCGAGACGCCGCUGAUCGCGCUCAAUCUGUCGGAGGCGCGGUUGCUUAUGCUGGCGGCGAUGCGGCAGCGCGCGCGCGAGAUGCGCAUGCAGCAGGCGGGCGCGGGGAAUUUUGAUGAAAAGAUGGAGCAGGAUGAUAUCGAAGAUGAUGAGGUGCCUCUGUCCUCCAACCCGGUCGUUCGCAAGACGCAAGAAUAUCUCGAAACCUUUGCUAGAUUCAAAGACGAGCAGACGGUCAGCGACGUCGAGCAUCUGCUCAAGGGCCCCGAGAACGCAAACCUGCACCCGUUUGAAAUCGCACAGCUAGGUUCGCUAUCCUGCGCUGAAGCUGAAGAAGCAAAGACUUUGAUUCCCAGUCUCGUGGACAAGAAAUCAGACGAUGAGCUGCAAACUCUUCUGGACAACUUGCAUCGCUAUGAUCCUAUGUAA